AUGUCGUCGUCAGCUACAGGAGCAGCAUCUGCAUACUUGGACGACUCUACUUCCUGGGACGCUUUAAACUUGGAUGCUCGUUUAUUGCAGGCCAUUGAUCAAUUGGGAUUUUCCAACCCAACUUUGAUCCAGUCCAACGCAAUUCCCUUGGCCUUGGAGGAGAAGAGAGAUAUCAUUGCAAAGGCUUCAACAGGUUCUGGUAAAACUGCUGCUUACUGCAUUCCUAUCAUUCAAAACUUACUAUCUAACGAAAGCACAGUUACCAGUGGCAUCAAUAGCAUUAUCUUAGUACCAACUAGAGAACUUUCCAACCAAGUCACCCAGUUUCUUGAAAAGUUGAUUAUUUAUUGUCAAAAGAGAAUCAAUAUACUUAACUUAUCAUCUAACUUAUCAGACCAGGUAUUGAACUCGUUAUUGAUAAAUAAACCUGAAAUAAUAGUGUCUACUCCUUCCAAGUUAAUUCAGGUAUUGGAGAAGAAUGUUAACAACCAGGACUUGAUUGAUUUACAACACGUUAAGACCUUAUGUAUAGAUGAAGUCGAUUUAGUAUUGUCCUUUGGAUAUUUGGAAGAUUUGCAAAAAUUGGAAUCCUACUUACCUAUAAAGAAGAACUUACAAACCUUCUUAAUGUCGGCCACUAUCAACGAAGACUUGAACGACUUGAAGACUAGAUUUUGUUCUAAACCGGCUAUCUUAAAACUUAACGAUGAAAACGCCAGUCAGAGUCAAUUACACCAGUACUACGCCAAGACUACUGAAUUCGACAAAUUUUUGUUGGCUUACGUUAUAUUUAAAUUGCAUUUAGUGAAGGGGAAAACUUUGGUGUUUGUGAAUAACAUCGAUAGAGGUUACAGAUUGAAGUUGUUCUUGGAACAGUUUGGUAUAAGAUGUUGUAUCUUGAACAGUGAAUUGCCGAUUAAUUCUAGAUUGCACAUUGUUGAAGAGUUUAACAAAAACGUGUACAACUUAUUGAUUGCAACUGACGAUACAAACACACAAGCUAUCGAGAAAGAUGAGGAAGAAGAAGAGGAAGAAGAAAAGUCUGACGCUGAAACAACGACCGCUGAAGAUUCUAAAGGAACUAAAAAGAAAUCAAAAUCAAAGAAGAAUGACAAAGAGUAUGGUGUUUCCAGAGGUGUUGAUUUCCGUAACGUUGCAUGUGUAUUAAAUUUUGAUCUACCAACAACCUCUAAAGCAUACAUUCAUAGAGUAGGUAGAACUGCCAGAGCGGGUAAAUCUGGUAUUGCAUUAUCAUUUGUACUUCCUCUCAAAGAAGUUGGAAAGCAUAAGACUGCUUCACUUUCCACAUCCAAAAAGGAUGAAAAGGUCUUGCACCGUAUUGUCAAGCAACAAUCUAAAAACGGUUUCGAAAUAAAGCCAUAUCAGUUCGAUAUGCAACAAGUGGAGGGGUUCAGAUACAGAGCUGAAGACGCAUUCAGAGCUGUGACCCACACCUCUAUAAGAGAAGCCCGUAUUAAGGAAUUGAAGAGCGAGUUGAUCAAUUCGGAUAAAUUGAAAAGAUUCUUUGAAGAGAAUCCUCAAGAUUUGGUUUCUUUGAGACACGAUAAAGAGUUACAUCCAGCUAGAGUUCAGUCUCAUUUGAAAAGAGUUCCUGACUAUUUGCUUCCAGAAGCAGCUAGACAAGAUACCAAGAAGAUUGGAUUUGUUCCUUUCCACAAAAACAAGGUGUCCAAAAACAGAAAAAGAAAGCCAACUGGAAAGAAGUCAGACCCAUUGAAAUCAUUCAAGAAGUAA